AUGGCGGACACUGCUGCUCCCAUUGAGCUUCCUGUCAUUGACAUCUCCAACCCGAAUGAUCCCGCCGUGGGGAAGGCCAUGCUGGAUGCCGCGGCCAAGUACGGAUUUUUGUAUGUGAAUAGCAAGGGCACUGACUUCUCUGUUGAGGAUGUUGAUAAUGGAUUUGGAUUGUCGAAGAAGUUCUUCGCUUCUCCGGCCUCGGAGAAGGAGGUUUGCCGGAUUGAGCCGAACAACCGCGGUUGGUCUGGUAUGCACACGGAGACACUUGACCCUGAGCACCAACGGACUGGUGACUUCAAAGAAGCCAUGAAUUUCGGUGACUUCAAGGAUGGCAAGGCUCAACAGCCUCUCCCAGCAUCACUGGCUCCCCACGAAUCCGAUAUCAACGACUUUGCCCAACUCUGCAACAAGACCUGCACUCGGAUUCUGAAUCUUCUUGCUCUAGGCCUCGAGAUGCCCGAAGAUUUCUUCACAACUCGCCACAACCCCAGCAACGGUCCUACAGGUAGUAUCCUGCGCUACUUGUACUACCCAUCUAUCUUCUCGCCCGCAACAGCAAGCUACAAGCAUGAUAAGGACGUACGUGCAGGUGCUCACUCCGACUACGGUAGUAUCACUCUUCUAUUCCAGCGACCCGGUCAACCAGGUUUGGAGAUUUUUACUCCCGAGGGAACCUGGGCCCCUGUCCCUAUUAUCCCCGGUAAUGAUGCGGAUGCGUACCCCUUCCCACCAAUCUUGGUGAAUAUUGGAGAUCUGUUGAGUUACUGGACCGAUGGGUUACUUAAGUCUACUGUUCAUCGGGUUGUGUUCCCCCUUGAAGAGCAGAGGAGUCCUAAUCCCCAGGAUCGGUAUACCCUUGUUUACUUUUGUCAUCCUGUUGAUACUACCGAGUUGGUUCCUGUUCCCAGUGAAAUUGUUAAGGAUCAUCGUGCGAAGGUUGGAGGCGUCGGUGUUGUUGGGUUUGGAGGUGGUGCGGGCAGUAUGGAGCCCGGCAAGCGUCCCUUGACUGCUUAUGAGCAUCUUGAGUCGCGGUUGGCUGCUACUUAUGGGUUUACUAAGGACGAGUAG